UGUACAGGGCGGCAUGGGUGGACGGCGCUGGAUGUGGCGUGCAUCAUGGGCCACUAUGCGCUCGUGGAGGUGUUGGCGGAGGCGCGUGCUUCCAUCAACAGUCGCGACGAGGCCGGCAGCACCCCGACACAUAAGGCCGCAGCGCACGGUCACCGCCUGUGCCUGCAGCAGCUGCUUCGGUUUCGCGCCAACUUGAACCAGGCCGACGAUCGCGGGUGGACGCCCGUACACGCCGCCGCAUUCCAUGGCCACCUCAACUGCAUCACAUUCUUCCGACAACACGAUGUGGAUCUGUCUUCGGUAGACAAGGACGGAUACACACCACUGCAUUAUGCUGUUGCGGAGAACCACUUUCGCACCGUCAAAUACCUCCUCAAGCACUGCACACAGUCAAUCCUGGCCACCGAGACCGUACAGGGUGAGACGCCAUUGGACCUGGCUGUUCGUCUCUCUCGCAAGAAAAUCCGCCGCUACCUUGAAUUUGCAACAGAGGCAACGAUUGAGGGCGGUGAUGACCAACUGCUCCUGCACUCCGCAGCGGCACGCGGUGACCUCGACACCAUCAAGCGGCUGCUUGAUGACGGGGUGUUCAUUGAUCUUCACGACAGCACGGGAUCAACAGCCCUUCAUGCCGCUGCUGCCAGCGGACACAGCGCAGCCGUCCGCUACCUCGUCAGACGCGGCGCAAACCGAGCGGCGUGCAACUUCUACGGCGAGCUUGCGUACGACGUUGCGCUGCGCUGCAACAGCAAGGAGUGCGCGUCACUGCUUGAACCGCGCGAUCCAGACACCAUUGCGCUCACGGGCCGGGUUGCCGACGCAUAUGGGGGCGAUGGCAAUGGCGAUGAUGAUGAGGAGGAUGAGGAGACGCCCGCACAGCGGCAGACACGACUGAGGGAGCACAUCACCAGACUGACAGAGGAGCUGCAGCUUGCGAAGAUUGAGUUCCGGGAGUCCGGCGGGCGAUUGGCGGAGGACGUUGAGGCGGAGCUGGAGGAGCAGCGACGGCAGCAACACCUCACUGCGCUGACGGACCGGGUUGCUGUCCUUGAUGGCGAACUGACGCGUGAACGAACGAAACGCGAACACCUUGAACGCGUUUUGCAGCAGUCCUCCGAGUACAUUACAGAGCUUACGGCCAGGCUCCAUAGGUUCGAAGACGCACAUCGGGAGGCGCUGACUCGCGUGUACUGGUUGGAGCGAAAGCCCGUUCGUGGUCGCACACGCACACACCGAGCACGCACCCCCUAACGAAGAUGUUCUUGUGCGCAUGAGAGUGAGUGGGACAAGGGCAGAGACACACAGGGUGCGUGCGUGUGUGCGUUGGGGCCGGGGAUGUACGGGUUGCCGGUGGCCAUGCCACGAGCAUGUUUCUAUGUUUCUAUUCCAAAGCUGUAGAUUCAGACGGCAGAAGCACAAUUGAUCUUUGGGGAAACUGCCAUGAAUGUGCGCGAUAGCGGUAUAUAUUGUGUUGGUUACACUGGUGCGAUGAUGCUUGGGGCUGCUUCACAUCGACACGCUGUGCGUGUCCACAUGUAUUCAUGGUGGCAGCAGCGCAGUGCUGUUACAUUACAACUCUGACUCAUG